ACACAUGCCAUCAUGUCGCUCCCUGCUAGCGAAAUAAGCUAACGAUCACGUAGCAGGAUGAAAGCUGACACACUAUUAGCAGGUUUAAAGAUGAGAAAAGAUUUAAAAUAAAUGUCUGCGUAUCCGCAUGCCCGUUUAUUCAUCAUACACCACCUGACUGUCUUCGGUCUCUCUCUGGUUAUGAACAGAAAGAGACACCUACUGCUGGGCCGCGUUGUCAUUAAAGGAGGCAGGUGGGUUUGUUGUUGCUAAUGACGACACGCUUCCGGGUUUGGAGAGGAGAGGCGUUCACGGUCGUACGAUUUACGGCAAAUAAACAGUUUAUAGUUUUUUAAACGCUCCCUGUCUGCGCUGUUAUGGACUUUGUAAUUCUGUCUAAUCUUAGAGUAUUGACUAGCCUACACAGAAGUAACAUGAACAAAAGCCAACUUUGCCGAGGCUACAAGUUUUCAUUUUAGUUUCAGUUUCACAGAGACAAGAUCCUCCUCCAGGCUGUCAGUCAGUAGUGAGGGGGUUUAACGCGUCGGAAUUCCCCAUACUCGUGAUGUUUUUAUCUACUCGUGUUGACAUCAUUUGUAAAUAUAUGUAAUAAAACCGGGGUGGGGAUGGGGUUCAAGAGUCGUGUGAGGACAAUGAAGCAUCUGAGAGCGAAGGUUAUGAACACACUGUUUGUGUUUUUUAGGAGAUGUAUUUUUUAAUGGUUGGUCUUUUACUUUUAUUCCUUAUCUAGGUAACACUUUACAAUAACCAUAACUUAUAAAUGGUAAAUAGAACAUUUAUAAAUGGUAAGUGGAUAGUUUAUUGAUGUUUAAUCCCCAUUUAUAAAUAGCAUAUAGACCAUUAAUAAAUUGUCAAUUUUACAAUUUUAAAAACCUAACCCUAAUCCUAACUUUACAAUAACCAUCUAAGUAAUGCUUAUUGGUGGUUUAUAAACCAAAUAUUAACCAAUUUACAAAGUGCUACUGACACACAUUUAAAUCUAGAUGUUUUGCGACCAAUAUUUAAGCCCUAUAUAAACCUUAUUAAACAGUCCAUUAGUAAUUAAUGAAAAUUAUUAAUCAUAAUUUUAUUGCUUGUUAAUGGUAAAGUAAGUUUUAACUUACAUAAAUAAUCUGUUUGCCAUUUAUAAUUGGUCUAUGUGCUGUUUUUAAAUGAUGAUUAAACAUUAAUAAACUAUCUAUCUACCAUUUAUAAAUUAUGGUUAUUGUAAAGUGUUACCCUUAUCUAUUAUCUUAAUGUUGUAUAUCGGGUUGAUGCAGGUUAUUUUGCUGUCUUGAGCUUUGACAUAAUGUAACCUCCUUCUUCUGUUUCAGUUUAUUGAAUCUUUUGUUUGUUUUAUUUUAUUUUUUAAAAUUUUUGUUUUGUUUGUUUAUUUGCCUGUGUCAGUCUUUGAGUGUGUAUCAGUUUUCAAUCAUUUUUAAUGAUUUUCAGUUUGUGUAAAGCACUUUUUUGGCAUUUCUUUGGAUGGAAGUGAUAUACAAUAAAGCCAGAUGUAUCGAUGGGUUGAUGUAUGGAUGGACAGACAGAAAGAAAGAAAAACAGACAGACGGAUAGACUGACUUCUUGAUUGAUUGAUUAUUAAAAUACUCAAGUAAUGUUAAAUAGUAGUGCAGAAACCACUAUUUUUCAGUAUAUAACUAUAACUCUGUGAGACACUGCAGUUGCAUCAAGGGUGGGAUACACAUGUUUGUCAAAUAGUCCUACCACUCAUAUGCUUGUUUGUGAAAGUUAAUCUACAAAGUCCCUAUAAGGACUGAGUCCACAAAAACGGCCAGGAGUGGUUUUAAAUCUGAUUGGCUAACCCAGGUAUCACCACAAACCUGACACACUGUCAAACAAAGAAUAAAAACUUGUAUUUUAUGUGUUGAGGUGCCAAAAUUGAGUAGAUAAUGUAUUAACAGAAACUCAAGAUGUUUUCAUGUAUUUAUUUUUAAACUUUGAAGAUAUAUAUCUUUUCUGUCUUUAUAGAAUUGUGAAUUAUAGCUGCUCGGCACAUAUUUUAAAGACAGAAGGAUAACAAAUGACUUAGCUACUUGUUUGUAAUGCAGUGGCAAACUGCUGUUUGCUUAAUGAAUACAAACAAAGCUGUUGAUUACUGGUUGAGUGAGAGGUCUUUGACAGGGUUCAGGUUCUGCUGUCCACAUGCUGCAGUGUCCUUGGUAAAGACAUUUAUGCGAGCUUGAUUAGUCAACACUCAUAAGUGGGUUACAUAUUAGCCUCUGCUAUCAGUGUAUGAAUUUGGUAUUAAUGAGCUAAUUUACCAAAAGUUAAACCGGCAAAAUUACACACAACUGGAAAAAAAAUCAGCCUUUGAGUAAUAGUAAUGUUUACAACAAACAAUGAGCUUAAGAAACCAAUAAAGCAUGAUGGGAAAUAGGAUGAUGGGCCGUCACUAGGACAUUAUUACUAGACAUCAAUGUUAUUGUUCUCCUGGUUUAUAUAAUCCUUCAUGUCAGCACAAGCUAAAGCACAUGAUCUUUUCUUUGUAAUCUGACACCACUGUGACACACUGGGUGUCACCAAACCAGUGAACAAGUCUGUGUAUUUAUGAUGAUCAAGCAAGGCGAGCCCUGCUCAGCUCAUGCAGCACACAAACUUGCUGGUCUGUGGUCAUAUCAAUCAACUUCCUAAUCAUAAUCCUUCCCCCCACAGAUGGCCACCCCUUUUGUUCCAGUCCCCUUCCCUGUGGACCGGACUGGAGCUUGCAAGUCCUUGGCCGAGAGGGAGUGUGAGCAUCAGCCUCCAGAAAGUACUUUCUCUGAGAGAGUAGUGAUACCCUGGGGAGAAGACAUGCUGGAUGGGUCAUCAACAGUGCUGGAGGGUGAAGGGAGAGUCAGGGAUAGCUGGGUGGAGAGACCCAACACCCCAACUCUGCUGGGAUAUGAGAUCCUGGAGGAGAGGGCCAAAUUCACAGUAAGGACUUUAGAGUUUCUAAACCAACAGAGAAAAUAUAAAAAGAAUUAGACUGGCAGGUUUCUUGGACUGUGUGAAACAUUUGAUUUUCAUUUUCUUUUUCAUUUUAAGUAAAAUCCUUUGAAAAAACAUGUCGGCGAAUGAAUGUGAGAAGAUUUAAAAGCACAUGGACUUUGGCUUAGCUUCUGAUGUCACAUUGACAUCAUAUGACUUGCUCCGCUUUAAAGGCUUGUACAGCUUGUGUGAGUUAAUGUGUAUGUCUUUGUGUGUUUAUGAGUGUUGCUAAACGACUGACAAAUUAGCAGCUCCAUUCACUCUCGGAAGGGGGGGGGUAGCUGCUGAAGAUACACAAACAACAUUCCCUUGAAAAGUCUUACUUUCAAGAGAAUACAGUUCAGAUAUUUCUCCUUGGAGCCUAUGUUUUGUUUGUAUGAGAUGCAAUUACUGACACUUUAAAUUGCUAGGUUUAUAAGAUCCAUGUGACGACGGCUGAAGGGGACAGCUGGGUCAUCUUCCGAAGAUACACUGACUUCUGCAGGCUAAAUGACAAGGUGAGAUUGUGCGCUUUCAUUGGUCUUGACAAUGUAUGAAAAGUAAGUGACUGAAUUAGAUGAUAAGUGUUCAAGAAAAUUUGAGAGAGGAACAGCAAGCAAAUGAAGACAAGGUCAGCAUUAAGUCCAAAUGAUAUUUAGGAAGUUGAAGUUUUCAAUCUGUAAGCAACAUAUAAGAGUACCAGAGUGCAUUUCCAAGUAUGCAAAGAAUGGGACCUGAAUGGGAGUCAUUUUAUUUGUUUAACUAUCAUUGUCAGUUAUCUGUUUCUGAAAUGAAAGUAGAGUAGAGCGUCUAGCCUCUUAGAAUGAGUAUCUCACUGAUUUUCUUUGGUGUGAGGAGACUUUGAGGUAACUGUAAAUUGGUGAGUCAUUUCUGUCAGGAAAAGUUUUAUAAGAGGCCUUACAAGCCAAAAAGUUCAGUUAGCAGAAUCAAUGGGUGUGGGAUUAUAUGCUUCCUACCAUGUUGCAUAAUGUUGCACACAGAUAAGACAGAAGAGUAAAACCAGUCUGAAUCACUCCAAACCGAGGAGUGACCACAUUUAUCUUCCUCCUGUGUUAGCUUUUACAAAGCACCCACUAUGUUAAGGGUUGGUUUUGACCCGUGUCUUAAAUCAGCUGUAAAUUACACUCAAAACAAUUCUCUAUAAUCCAAUUUGGUUCUCAUCUCUAGAUUACCUUGCUAUGCUUCAUUAUCCAUUGAAAUAUUGUUUGUAAUAUUUUUUGUUGUGGUCCUUUGGGCCUUUCUUUGUCACUAUACCCCUCACACAGACAUCCAUACUGAACUGAUCUUGCAUGUCUAGACAUGCCCGAUGUUGUUUUUGUGCAGGGAAAAAACAGGCAAAAUGAGAAUUUCCUGAAUCUCGCAUGAUUGGAAGACGAUCUGACUGUACGUGUGGUGCCUGAGAGUACGCAUACGAUUUUAGUUUUUGCUCUGAUUAUUAGAUAUUGAUCAAACAGGGGGCCAACAGAGACCUUGUUAGAUCGAACCGGUGUUCGAUCUAAUUUUAAUAAGAGCAUUUUAUAAUUUAGUGAAUUUGAUUUUUUUAGUUUUAUUUUGUUGAAAUAGAGAUCCCUGUCAAAGUCAAAAAGUCUUGAUGCAAAAAAAGCUAAUUUAAGUGGUUCUUUUAAGCAUUUAAAAUCAAAAACAGGUUGGUGCAGACCCUAACACAGGAGGAGGGUUAAACUGAACUUUACACAACUACCUCCAGGGGGGAGCUCAAAAUCCUUUACCUGCAGCCAAAAGGAAAUUCCAGUUGAUUAUUUUAUGCACAGCCCAUGGUUUAAACACACUGCUGGUUAUUUUCUACCUAUAAUCAGUUGUGUAGAAGAGAAAUCAGUCCAUCAAAAACUGCAUGUUAACUCCUGCUCACCGUCAAAUGGUAUAAAACAAGUAUAAAACAAUCUAUGGACAUAAACAACCCUCAUUUUGACUAUACAAUCAGUAUAGUGUUAAUGCUCAGCAAUUGCACCAUUGGCAAUCCUGUGAAACUGUCCAUCUGCUGCACUUAAAGGUUGGCUAGUUCAGUGGUUAGUGUUAACUUAUUAAGUUAUAAUCUUGGCCCUGAACAAAAAGUGACUUCACAUAUUUAGAAAGACUUGUGUUAUCCUGCCAAAAGAAACUUUCUGACUACCACUGGUUAAGGUAUCUGAUGGAAAUGUUUUGCCUCCAGAUAAGCUCCACCCACAAAAAAAAAAAAAAAAAUCUUAUGAUUCACACGCUAGUGUAGAGUUGUAACUUUGCUCACUGUGACCCUUGUACAAAUGAGUACCCCAGUCAGACACCCCAAGCCAAUAGUCUUGACCCUCCCCUGUUUACCACAUCUAUAUCUUAUGAGGUUUUACAUGGCAGUUUUGAGUUUAGUGCUUGUGCCACCUGUGUCAACACUAAAGGUAAUUUAAAACAUAUUAAUGUUGUUUCCUUUAGUCUUUUAACACGUGUUCCCUUACUCCUUCAUUAUCUACUACUUACACCUGCAGGUGAAAGAGCUGUAUCCGAGCUCUAAUCUGGCCCUGCCUCCUAAGCGCUGGUUCAAAGACAACUACGAUGAGGAGUUUCUGGAAGAGAGGCUGAGUGGGCUGCAGACGUUUCUGGAGAGCGUAACAUCACACAGAGAAUUUGUCAAGAGGUAUGUCUUUUAAUGAGAAGAUGAAUGAACUCUACAGAGUUAAAACUUUUUUUUUUGUUUGAUUUGGAGUUUUUGAUGUGAUUGUUUCUCAGUGAAGCAGUGAGACACUUCCUGUGUUUGGUUGACCCACCUGGUCCGUUUGACAGUCUGGUGGAGAGCAGAGUAAGCUCCUUGAAGAAAUAUUGACUCAAGUGCUAAAAGGUAUCAUUGUGUGGUGACUUACGAACUGUUCCUGUGAGUGUAGGCUUUUUGUGAGACUCUGGAGGAAACAAACCACCGUCUUCAGAGGGAACUCCUGGAUAAUCAGAGAGAAGUCGAUGCUUUAAAGAAAAUCCUGGAGGAGAAAGAAAACCACUUCAGCCUCCUGGUGAAGAAAGCCGAGUAAAGAUGUUUGUUUUUUACAGAAAUGAUGGAGGCAUUGCUUCCACUUUACAUCAUAUUGAAAUGAUUUCCUCUAACACAGAUCCCUGACACUUCAUACUGAGAGCUCAGAGGAUCAUUGCCAGCAAACAGAGAUGACUGUAACAGAUACAAACCCACAUAAGACGGAGACCGCAUAG